ACGAUUUUUUUACGUGAAAAUAUAUUUUGUCAGUGUUUUGUGUUUUUUUGUUAAUUUAUUCAUUCGUUUUUUUACGAUUCUAUGUAAACCUAAUAAAGUGUAUUUUAAUCAUAAUUAUUUGUUUGAACUUCAUUCAUAUAUUAAAAUAUUCUUCAUCCAGAAUUUCAUAACAAUCCGUUCAAGGUUGACCAGAGAACCGCCGCGCCAUGGACUGUUGCCGAAUAAUCACUGUUGCCGCCGCUGUCGUUUGGUUACUGCUGCCCGUCGAGAUGUUCGCCAAUCAACUAAGAGGUUACGCCGAAAGCUGUGUGAACGAAGGAGAGAUUGUGAACGUGCUCACCAUCAAAAACAUGAUGUGUUACACUUGCAUGUGUAAAAACGGAUUCGUGGAGUGCGUCAAGGACCAGUGCCCCGACGAACAGGGUUGCUAUAUGCUACAAGACGUUUUCGUGGACACGAAAGAAUGCUGCAGACGUUGUAAAGGUUGCAUGUACAAAGGUGUGCCGAGGGAAAGCGGAACCGAGUGGACGGAUCCAAACGACCCGUGCCUGGUGAUGUCUUGUAAGGCUGGCGUGGUCACGGAGACCCGAAUGCAGUGUAUCACACCUUGUCAACAGCCGUUGCCGCCGAAACCGGGAACUUGCUGCCCAACUUGUUCGGGUUGCCGGGUUAUCGGGCAAGAGGUGGCCGCUUGGAAGAACAUCAGCCUGUACGACGACCCGUGUCUGACCUGUCACUGCGAGAGAUCCGCGGCCGGACCGGUGCUCACCUGUUCGAAAAAGGCGUGCCCUGUGCUCCAGUGUCCAUCCAGCAGUAUGCAGAUAUUGCCGGGUGAAUGCUGCCCCAGAUGUGUGGGAAAGAGUAGAAAAUUGAUGGACCCACCUAGAGGAGCAUGUUUGUUAGGCGAUAAGAUCACUCCGUCUGGCCAGGGGACGCACCCGGACCGGUGCACCGAGUGCAUGUGCGCCAACUCGACGGUGGUAUGCAAACGGGAGACUUGCCCACCACUGGACUGUCCCGUGGAGAAACAGACGUUCGCAUCGCACAACCAGUGCUGCCCGCAGUGCCCGAGGACCGUGGACAAGAGCGACACGUGCAUGGAUAAUGGCAACAUUUACAUGAACGGAGAUGGUUGGAAAGUGGACGAAUGCAAGUCGUGUUUGUGCGUUCGUGGUCAAGUGCAGUGUGCCCAAGAGUUGUGUCCGCCAAUCUCGUCGUCGUGCCCGGUCAACAUGAAGCUGCGAACAGUUCCGGGUUCGUGUUGCCCCCGCUGUGUACCAAUGGACGGAGUGUGUACAGUGUUUGGCGACCCACACUACAGGACAUACGACGGAAAAUUCUUUAGCUUCCAAGGACCGUGCAAAUAUUUGCUGAGUGCGGAUUGUGUGGGGCGGACCUUUAGCAUUCGGGUAACCAACGACGCGAGGAACACGAAAAAUUCAGCAUGGACAAAAACUAUUUCAUUGAGGACCGGAGGUUUGAAAGUAAACCUUGGCGAGAAUAAACGUAUCAAGAUCAACGGACAGAGAGUUUCCGUGCCGUACAAGAGAAGCAACGAGCUCACUAUAUCUAAUAUGAACGAUACUGUUUUGGUUGAGACCAGAAUCGGCGUUUCUAUUAUUUGGGACGGCCGAGGAUUUUUAGAAGUGUCCGUACCAUCGAGGUACAAAGGCAGUUUAUGUGGACUAUGUGGAAAUUUCAACUCUGUGCCAAGAGACGAUAUGACCACCAAGGACGGCCGGGUAGAGUCGGAUGCCCAAGCGUUUGGGUCGUCAUGGCGCGUGGGUGGUAAGAACGCGUGCAGUCGGCCGCUGAAACCUGCGUUUGUGCAAACGUCACAGUGCUCCAAAAAGGGUCCUCGAAUUCGAGAACGGAUGUGUAAGCCGCUCCGACAAAGAAUGUUUGCCGCAUGUCAUAAAAAGCUCAAUCCAGUCAACUUUUUCAGGUCUUGUCUGACGGACAUGUGCGAGUGUCCCACCGGCCGGAAGUGUUAUUGUGAGGCGAUGACCGCUUACGCACACAACUGUCGCCGCCUUGGUGUGUCGCUACCGGACUGGAGGACUAUGACCGGAUGCCACACAUACUGACCCGCGUCCUCAAAUCCAUCCCGUGCAGUAGACUCCGCUUAUUUGUUGUUGCUAGUCAUUGUUUUUUUACACCUUCAACUUUGCGGUAGUCGCCGCGCGUUUACCUGACCGACGGUUCGAAAUGAUCCUGACAAGACCGUUUCCACGUUACCGUCGACCGACUAAAUAGUAUUUUACUUGAACAGCCGAAUUUUGUUCUUAUGCAAAUUUAUUAUAUAAAAUUUAAUUAAAUUAUAAAAAUACUAGGUAAUAAUAAUAGUAACAAUUAACUUAUUGUUUAAGUGACUACAACAAACUCCGACCCGGCGACUCUACCAUUUGACGGGUGGUCGUCGCAUAAUAAUUAUUAUAUAAGCUUUUUACCAUAAUGUCAAUGGUUUUUUUUUUUAAAUUUACAUUUAAUCAGUUCGUUUGUACGAUCGCGAUUAAUCUAACUGAGGUCGGCCGAUAUUUCAAAACCUAAACGCCGGCGUUUACAUUGUAAUAUACUUACUGCGAUUUAAUUUAAGUACCAGAAAACAGAUUACAGAGUAAUGUUAUCGAUGGCGCUCAUAUUUCGAUAUUGGCCUAUAAUUAUUUAUUUGUAGUGUGUUUUCGUAUAAGCACGAAUUUUGACGAUUUUUUUUCUCUUCAUUCGUGAUAAUAAUAUACUAUUAUAUUAUAGUAGCUGCGCGUAACCGUAAGCGGCUUUGCUACGUAAGCUAUUUAGCAUGCCAUAGUGACAGAGAGAACAACGUUCUUUUAUACAUCUUGGUUGUCGUACAUAUAUUAUAUGUUAUUAAUUGAUAUUAAUUAUACUUAGUAAUAUUGUUAAAAAAAUGUUUAAGUAGAGCGCUUAAAAUAUCAAAUUGUUUAAUAAUUGUAUUUUAUUUUUCGAAGAAAACACAAAACCAAUUUAGAAUACCUACUGUAAUUAUAGUUAGUUAUUAUAAAUCAUUAAAUUAUAUUAUAUUAUUAUAUAAGUA